CGAGCGCGCGUCUGUUGCCAGCUACAUGACGGACACGUACGUGGUCGUGGGCUCGCUGCUGGCCGUGCUGGCCACCGCCGUGCUCUUCCUGCGCGAGCCCAAGCCCAAGCAGGACAAGCUGGCCGAGGAGAUGCUGCGCAUCGGCCAGCAGAUGAAGAUGUACAAGGCGGCGGCCGAGCCCUCGGCCUCCUCCGCCACGUCCGCCUCCGCCCCCACCGCCGGCGCCGCUGACGAGAGCCCCGAGUACCCCGGCGGCCGUGUAGCCAUCUUGUUCGGCUCGCAGACGGGUACAGCCGAGGGCUUCGCUGAGGUGCUCAAGAAGGAGGGACGCAAGGCCGGCUUCCAGACGCACGCCAUCGACCUGGAGGACUACGACGCGGCGCAGAAGCUCAAGGACGAGAAGCUCGUGGUCUUCGUCAUGGCUACGUACGGAGAGGGCGACCCGACGGACAACGCCGUGGACUUUAUCGACUUUUUGAAGGACAAGGAGCAGGCGCUGGGCGAGAACGCGCUCAGUGGCGUCAAGUACACGGUCUUCGGCCUGGGCAACACGCAGUACGAGCACUACAACGAGAUGGGGCGGCUGGUGGACCGCCUCCUGGAGGGCCACGGCGCCCAGAGGAUGUUCCACUACGGAGAGGGCGACGACGACGCCACGCUGGACGAGGACUUUGACGAGUGGAAGGAGCCGCUCUGGAAGGCGCUGCGGAAGCAGUUCAUCGCUGCUGGCGAGGACCAGGAAGAGGACGCAGAGGCGAAGGACGUGGACGGAGAGACGCUGACGGCCCCCGAGUACGAGUACGAACUGGUGGAGAUCCGCGCGUCCGAGGCGGAGAAGCUGGCGAAGGCUGCUGCGGCCAAGGACGUCAAGAUGAAGGCCUCGACCAAGCACUUCUUCACGGCCAAGAGCGCCAAGGUGGUGGUGAACAGGGAGCUGCGUCCGUCCACUGAGGGAGGCUCGACGGUGCACGUGGAGCUGGACCUGCGUGGCACCGGCGUGACGUACGAGACGGCGGACAACCUGGCGGUGCUGGCGGAGAACGAGACGCGCGUGGUGGAGCAGCUGGCCAAGCGCAUGGACUACGACCUGGACCAGUGGGUCUCGCUCAAGCCUGUGGGCGAGGACCUGCACUGCGAGUUCCCGUUCCCGUCGCCCUGCACGAUCGGAGAGAUUCUCACGCGCUAUCUGGCCAUCAACAGCGCCCCGCGCAAGGGUCCGCUCAAGCAGCUUGCGUUCUUUGCGGCGAACGCUGAUGAACGCGCGCAGCUCGUGCGCUUGGCCUCGAAGGAGGGCAAGGACGAGUAUCAGAAGUGGAUCCACGAGGACGAGCGCUCGUUCGUUGAUGUUCUGGAGCACUUCCGCUCCGUCAAGGUGUCGGUGCAGGCGCUGCUGCACAUCGUGCCGUUCCUGCUGCCGCGUUACUACACCAUCUCGUCGUCGAGUCUCGUCAACCCGCAGCGUGUGCACGCCACGGUGAGCCUGAUCGAGAGCAAGAAGAGCGACGGCCGCGUGUUCCGCGGCGUGUGCUCGAACUACCUGGGCAGACUGCAGCCUUUGGAGGCCCACACGGACGACAAGAAGAAACGCGACAGCCGUCCUGGUGAGCAGGGCUCCAAGAAGCCGCGCGAGUGGCCUCGCGCUCGCAUCUUCAUGCGCGCGUCGACCUUCCGUCUGCCCAAGAACCCGCUCACGCCUAUCAUCCUCAUCGGACCGGGCACUGGUAUCGCCCCCAUGCGUGCGUUCCUGCACGAGCGUGCCAAGCAGAAGGAGGAUGGCAUCGAAGUGGGCCAGUCCAUCAUGUACUUCGGCUGCCGCCGUCGCGACGAGGACUUCAUCUACAAGGACGAACUCGAGCGCUUCCAGGAGAGCGGCGUGCUGAGUGAGCUGCACUUGGCGUUCUCUCGCGAGCAGGAGAAGAAGGUGUACGUGCAGCACCUACUGGUGCAGAAUGGCCAGGCCACUUGGGACCUUAUUCGCGACCACGACGCGUACAUUUACGUGUGUGGUGCCACGAGCAUGGGCAACGACGUCCACAAGGUGCUGCACGAGAUCAUCGAGAAGUUCAGCGGCCAGUCUGCGGACGAGGCGCUGGCUACGCUCAAGAAGCUGCAGGACGACCACCGCUACAUCCAGGAGCUGUGGGCAUAG